AGAGGCGGUGCGGCACAGAGGAGCUCUCGCAUCACAAGGUGACCCCAGCUGCACCGCCACCACCGCCGUCACUGUCGACAAUACGCUCCGGCCACUCCGCGCCCACCCAGACGCCUGGCUUCUCUUUCUCCCUUCUGUAGCCAAGAUCUGUCGGACCUCUAGGGACCCUGGGAGCCGGGGGCUAGGAACUCACUUGGGGCUUUCCCUCUCCUGCCUCCGGAAAGCCCGGGAUGGAGAGCCGAAAGGACAUGGUCAUGUUUUUGGAUGGGGGACAGCUUGGCACUUUGGUUGGAAAGAGGGUCUCCAAUUUGUCCGAAGCCGUGGCAAGCCCGCUGCCAGAGCCGCCCGAGAAGAUGGUGCCCCGUGGCUGCCUGAGCCCGCGGGCCGGUCCUCCCGCCACCCGGGAGCGGGGCGGGGGAGGCCUGGAGGAGGAGCCGGUCGACGGACUAGCAGGCAGCGCUGCGGGGCCGGGCACCGAGCCGCGGGCAGCCGGGGCCGCCGCUCUCGGCCCGGGGCCUCCGGCCUCUUCCGCCGACAGCCUCUCCGGCCAGGGGCAACCUAGCAGCUCGGACACCGAGUCGGAUUUCUAUGAAGAAAUCGAGGUGAGCUGCACCCCGGACUGCGCCACGGGGAACGCCGAGUACCAGCACAGCAAAGGGCCGGGCUCUGAGGUACUGGCCAGCAGUCCCAACAGUGGCAGCGAGGCCCCAAAGAGCAACAACGGUGGCAGCUCGCAGGGCACCCUGGCUUGCAGUGCCAGUGACCAGAUGCGCCGGUAUCGCACCGCCUUCACGCGGGAGCAGAUUGCGCGGCUGGAGAAGGAAUUCUACAGGGAGAACUACGUAUCCAGGCCACGGAGAUGCGAGCUGGCCGCUGCCCUGAACCUUCCCGAAACUACCAUCAAGGUGUGGUUCCAGAACCGGCGCAUGAAGGACAAGCGGCAGCGGCUGGCCAUGACGUGGCCGCACCCGGCCGACCCUGCCUUCUACACGUACAUGAUGAGCCACGCGGCGGCCGCGGGCGGCCUGCCCUACCCCUUCCCGUCGCACCUGCCCCUGCCCUACUACUCGCCCGUGGGCCUGGGCGCCGCUUCCGCCGCCUCGGCUGCCGCCUCGCCCUUCAGCGGUCCGCUGCGCCCUCUCGACACCUUUCGCGUGCUGUCGCAGCCCUACCCGCGGCCAGAACUGCUGUGCGCCUUCCGCCACCCGCCGCUCUACCCCGGCCCGGCGCACGGACUGGGAGCCUCGGCCGGCGGCCCCUGCGCCUGCCUCGCCUGCCACAGCGGUCCGGCCAAUGGCCUGGCGCCCCGCUCCACCGCCGCCGCCGCCUCGGACUUCACCUGUGCCUCCACCUCCCGCUCGGACUCCUUCCUCACCUUCGCGCCCUCUGUGCUCAGCAAGGCCUCCUCCGUCGCGCUGGACCAGAGAGAGGAGGUGCCCCUCACGAGAUAAGGGGCCGCCCGCGGGCUGCCGGCUCCAGGACGCCCGUGGGGGGUCCCCCUCCGGGGACUCGGCCAGCGCCCCUCCCCGCCCCCAGGGCACCGAGGGGAAAGAAGAGGCCUGCGAAGGACAAGAGGGA